ACUCCGCCUCCCCGGCCGCCCCGCCGACCCGAGCGCGGCGCGCAGUGGGAGCUGGGGCCCGGGGCGCCGAGGGGAGGCCGCGCUCCCACCGCCCGCGGACCGAGGGGGCGUCGGACGCUACCGGCCGCCCGCGGAGAUGUGACCCGGCCCCGCCGCCCAUGUGCGCCCCCCGACCCCCAGCGAAGGCGGCUGCCAUAGGGGCCCCGGCACCCGGCCUCCCGGCCCUGCCGCUGCUACUGCUGCUGGUGGCCGCGCCGACGGGACGUGCAGUUCCCUGUGUCUCUGGUGGUCUGCCUAAACCUACAAAUAUCACCUUCUUAUCUAUAAACAUGAAGAAUAUCCUACAGUGGAACCCACCACAGGGCCUACAAGGAGUGGAAGUUACUUAUUCUGUGCAGUAUUUCAUCAGAUAUGGGCAAAAGAAAUGGCUGAAUAAAUCCGAAUGCAGAAAUAUCAGUAGGACCUACUGUGAUCUCUCUGCUGAAACUUCUGACUACGAACGUCAAUAUUAUGCCAAAGCUAAGGCCAUUUGGGGAACGAAUUGUUCUAAAUGGGCAGAAACUGGACGAUUCUAUCCUUUUUUAGAAACACAAAUUGGCCCACCAGAGGUUGCUUUGACUACUGAUGAGAAAUCCAUAUCUAUUGUUCUGACGGCUCCAAAGAAGUGGAAGAAAAACCCAGAAGAAAGCUCUAUUUCCCUGGAACAAAUAUACUCUAAUCUGAAGUAUAAUGUGUCCAUACAUAAUACUAAAUCAAAUAGAACGUGGUCCCAGUGUGUGACAAACCGAACGCUGGUAUUCAGCUGGCUGGAGCCGGACACUCUGUACUGCGUCCUCGUGGAGUCCUUCGUCCCAGGCCCUCCUCGCCUUGCUCAGCCUUCUGAGAAGCAGUGUGUCAGUACUUUGAAAGAUCAAACAUCAACAUUGAAAGUUAAAAUCAUCUUCUGCUAUGUUUUGCCUAUAUCUGUUACUGUGUUUAUUUUUUCUGUGAUGUGCUACUCCAUGUACAGAUAUACCCAUGUCGGCAAAGAGAAACACCCAGCAAAUCUGAUUUUGAUUUAUGGAAAUGAAUUUGACAAAAGAGUCUUUGUACCUGCUGAAAAAGUUGUGAUUAACUUUAUCACCCUCAAUAUUCUGGAGGAUUCUAAAACUUCUCCUAAGGAUAUAAGUGUAAUGGAAAAAAGCAGUGAUGCAUCAGACCUGAAUGAGCCCAGCGAGGACCAGGAGCCCCAUCAGGAGGAAGUGGAGGUGAAACACCUGGGACAUGCUUCACAUGUGGUGGACAUUGUGUAUGACUCUGAGAAAAGCACCAAAGGGAUUUCCUUAAGCCAGCAAGAGCCACCCAGCAGGACAAUGCCCACAGAUAAAACAGUCAUCGAAUAUGAAUGUGACAUAAGAACUAGUGACAUUUCUGUGGGGCCUGGAGAUCAGGAGUUCAAUUUGCAGUCGGAAGUGUCCCUACAAGGAAGGUUGUCUGAGCAACAGGCAACUUUAACAGACUUGGGUCCACAAACACUACCAUAUUCAUAUACCCCUCAGCUCAGAGACUUGGACCACCUGCUGCAGGGGCAUGUGGACACAGAGGAGGGACCAGAGGCAGAGCCAUCGACCACACUGGUCGAUUGGGACCCUCGGACUGGCAGGCUGUGUAUACCUUCAUUAUCCAGCUUUGAACAUGACUCAGACAGCUGUAAGCAUCCUGAGUCUGAGGGACUCAAGGAGGAGUGCCUCUUAUCUAGACUCUACCAGGAUCAGACUCCAGACAAGACACUGGAGGAACAUGAAGCCUAUCUCAUGCAAUUUAUGGAGGAAUGGGGAUUAUAUGUACAAAUGGAAGACUAACACCGAAACGUCCCUUUGCCAGACCUCUACUGUUACAAAACACGUGAGUGCAAACAGACAAGUGACCAAACAAUAAAGUACCGGAGACAGAAA